AUGGCUUUUCCCACAACAAGUGCUCAGCAAGCAGACACAACCCGCAAGAUCCUCGAGGAGAUCCAAACCAAGAAGCAGCUGCUUGCCGGGGGGAUCAUAAAUCUGGGAAUCAACACUCAGAUGUCCACUCCUCAGUUACUUGGCCAGCCGACGACAGUGACACCCGACUUUCAGCUUGGCGUGGGUGGCGUAGCCGCCAAUGCCACGCCUACGGCCCGCGCUGCUUUUAAUCCAACGAGCUCUACAACUCUGGGCUUCUUUGUACCUCAGGAUUCGUAUUUUGGAAACAGUUUCCUACCCGUGCUGCCUCGCCUUGAACCGCUGCCGUCGUCAAUUGCCACGCCCCCCGCCACACCCAUUAACAACAAAUAA